AGAGCCAAGCAGUCGCCUGAGGAGAGCCAAGGUGAAAGGACGUACGUGGGCGUGGCACCUCUCUCUACGAAAAUGUCUAAAGCAGCGAGGAAGGCGUUGGAUGAGGCGAGGGAGACAGGCAAUCCCGAGCUGGAUUUGCAGGAGAAGCAGAUUACCUCCUUGGAAGACCUGCCUGGCCUCUUGUCUCUGGAGCACAUUACUAGAUUGACACUAACACACAAUCGCCUGACAAAAGUUCCUGCAGCCAUCGCUAAUCUAAUCAACCUUGAAAUCUUGAAUCUCUUCAACAACAUCAUUGAGGAACUGCCAACAUCCAUCUCUUCCCUCAACAAACUCCGCAUCCUUAAUGUUGGAAUGAACCGAUUAGAUGAGUUGCCAAGAGGAUUUGGCUCCUUCCCUGUCCUGGAGGUCCUGGACAUCACCUACAAUAAUAUUUCAGAGGGAGAUUCACUGCCAGGCAAUUUCUUCAUGCUUGAGUCAUUGAGGGCACUGUACAUGGGCGAUAAUGAUUUUGAGUACAUUUCUCCCGAAAUCAAGAAUUUGAAGAACUUGCAGAUUCUUUCCCUGCGAGACAAUGACUUGAUAGUGGUCCCCAGGGAAAUUGGUGAGCUGACACGCCUAAGAGAGUUGCACCUUCAGGGAAAUCGCUUGGAGGUUCUUCCUCCUGAAGUUGGUCAACUGGAUCUGUUGGGCACAAGAUCUUGUUUGCGUCUGGAAGGUAAUCCUUGGGUGCCAAUGAUUGCUGAUCAACUUCUCCUUGGACCUUCCCAUGUGAUGGAUAUGCUGCGCAAUGAAUCAUACAAGUUUGUGUACCAGCGACACAUUUCAUCUGGAAGCCAGCCACCCCCAAAGAAUUUUGAAGCCAAGAACAGGAAGAUUUCAAGAAAGAGGGAUGUUGCAUAAGGUUUCCGUGCACAAAUGGUGCUCAUCCUGCAGUACCUUGGAGACUUUACUUUCUGAAAUGGAUCUUCAUUUAUGUUCCAGAGCUUUAUAAUGCCUUAAUACAUUUAGCUUUAACAUUUUUAUUUAAUUUUUUUAAAAAUAUGCAAUCAAAGUGUACAUUGUACUGUUUUGAUUUAUGGAAUGCAUUGUGCCUAACCUGCCAUUUUAGGGAAAACUUUCUCUUUUCUGUUCUAGAUGAUUUCAAGUAUGUCAUUCAUGAAAAGUAGAGUAUAUACUUUGAUCAUUGAGGUUCAUUAUUGAAUAGCUAACUAUAAAGAUGUAGCAAGGAACUUCACUACAAGAAUAUGUUGACAUUAUCCAAGAAUGGCGACAUUCUUUCAACAAUAGAAUAGUUUAUGCAAAUGUUCUAGAUCCUUCUCUUUUAUUAGGUUUGUUUGUACUAAUUGAAUAUAGUCCAUGUCUGGUUUAUAUCCCAGUCAUGUAAAGCAGUCCUAGAAGUAUUCAAGGAAUGCUAAAGUGAUGUCAUUAACCAGUAAUGUUUCUUAACUUGCUAAAUUUAUUAUUGAUAUAUGUUGUGUUUAAAUGGUGCUUUCAUCCUAAAUGAAUAAUAAAUUCAUGAAAUCAUCAAAACCUUUGGAAAGUUGCAUUUACUAGAACUUUUAGUGCCUUUUACAUCUUGAAAAAAGAAAAUUUGAAGUGCCUUUAGUAAAAGAUGUUAGUGAUGCAAGGAGACUCCAUUCUGGAACCUCUUUUUAUAUUGUCUAUAAUUUGUUAAUAAUGUAAAAUUUUCUUUAAUCUUGUAAUUCUUAAAAUGUAUCGGUGUCAUUCAUGUACAGAUUUAAAGAACUUUUUGUUAUGUAAACAUUGAAUUACAUUUUUUUUUGUAUGUCAAACUCUUUUCCAUUAUACUUUCAGUAUUACCUGAUAGUCCACAAUAUACAGCCUUAUAACAGUAUCAUGUGGUAUCAGAAAUUACCACAGGUUAAACAGUUAUACCAAAUGUGUUCAAGAUAGUCUUUAAUAAUCAGUUGUUGGUUUUACCUAAUUAUCUUGACUUAAAUUGUAUGCUCUCUCUAUUUUUAAAUAUAGUUGUGAGAACGCACAAAUGCAUCAAGGAUGUUUAAAAUUAAUUCAGUUAUUAAUCAAAAAGGUGCUUAUUCUGCUUGCAAGAAAUUUUCCUGGAAAUUCUAAUUGUUACAUGGUGGUAAUUGAUAUUUUAUUGUAAUCAGUGGUUGUGCAAUGAUAUUAGAAUAAUUGAACUGCUUGUCAGAGGUGAUACACCAGGUUUUACCAUAAGACUACUGUCAAGAUAUUUUCCGAUUUCAUCAGUAUUCAUUAAUUUGCUUUUAUUGUUACAUAAUGUAUUUUAAUAAUGCAUAAAAAAAGUGCCAAAGUAAACUUAAUAGAAAAUA